AUGUCACUGCUGGCAAUGAUGUCCAUCUCUAGUAAUUGCAUCCCUUUAGAUAUGCUAGGCUACCUUCCAUGGGUGGAAGAGACCAGUUCAGCCAUCUUGACAGAUGAGUUCGGUUCAACUACUUCAAUAGAUAAGAAAAAGUCCUCCCACUCUACAACCAGAUGCUCCGCUCCCCUUCCCACCACGAUCAUUUCACCUACACCUUCGCCCUCAAAGCUUGCACCUUUCUCCCCUCCUCCCUCAUCCCAAAAGGCCGCGAGGUCCACGCCAGCGCUCUUAAAUCCGGUCACCACUCCGACCUCUUCGUCCAGAACUCCCUCCUCGCAUUCUACUCAGCCUCCUUCGACGCCGAAGCCUUCCGCAAAGUCUUCUCCGAGAUCAUCGCACCGGACGUCGUCUCUUGGCAAUCCCUCAUUCACGAGAAAUGGAUGCCCAGGUGAGGCCCUCCUCGCCUUUGCUUCUAUGGACGUCGAGCCAAAUGAAAUGACGCUUGUGAGCGCUCUUUCGGCGUGUUCCCGGCUUAAAGAUGGCAACUUGGGGAAGAUCCUGCAUGGGAUUUGCGUCAGAAGGUUUGGCGGACAUGGAGGUAAUGUUAUUCUGGACAAUGUUUUGUUGGAUGUCUGUAUUGUCUGUGGCGCCUUCACCGACGCAGCUCAGUUGUUCGACAUAAUGCCUCAUAGAGAUGUUGCGUCGGCAACCACCAUGAUUUGUGGCUUUGUUCGGUAUGAAAGAUAUGAGGAAGCCAUAGCUCUGUUUGGAGAAUCAGUAAGGGAUGGAGAAAUAGUGCCUAAUGAAAUCACUGUGGCUUCUGUCUUGGGAGCUUGUGCUUCUGCAGGGAUUUUAAGUUUAGGAAAAUGGGUGCACUGUUACUUGCUCAGGACUGGCAUUGAUGUUGAUGGUAUCGUAGGUAAUACUCUCAUUCACAUGUACUCGAAGUGUGGCGCCAUAGGAGCUGCUCUUCGGAUCUUUGGCCGACUUCAAUGCCGGGAUUUGGUGUCUUGGUGCACAAUUAUGAAUGGAAUGGCUAUAAAUGGAAUGCCCAAGCAUUCCAUACAAUUGUUUUCUUUGAUGUUGUGCUACGGUGUUCGACCAGACAACGUAGCUUUUCUUGCAGUGAUGUCUGCUUGUUGCCACGCCGGCUUGCUCGAAGAUUGCUUGAUGUUCUUCGUCUCAAUGUAUGAUAUUUAUGGUAUUCUUCCGGAAAAAGAGCACUAUACGUGCGUGAUUGAUACAUAUGGUCGAGCUGCUCGUUUAAGGGAAGCAGAGGAUUUUUUUGUUUGUAUGCCAAUGAAGCCGGACAAAUGUGCGUGGGGAGCUCUAUUGAGUGCUUGCGGCACUAAUGAGGUCGCGUAUGAGCGGAUUCAAAAGAGAGUUUUUCAUCUUGGAAUGACUUUAGGUGGAGGAACUUAUGCGCUUUUAUCGAAUAUGUUUGCUAAGGCUGAGAAAUGGGAUGAGUCUAACAAUGUUAGGAAACAAUUGGAUGCGAAGAAGGUUCGUAAGCCGGUUGGCUAUAGUUGGAUGGAAGUAGCCUGAUCGAGGAAGUUUGAUUUUUUUCAAUGUUGAAAAGUGGAAUAUCUAGUUAGUAGAGCUUUUAUUGUAAUGCUCAUUUCUGCAAAAAAAAAAAAUUUUGAUUGGUAAGUGCACUGAAUUGUAUAGAUGAAAUAAAACUAUUCGAAGCUCCAAAGGACUGGCAAAGAAAGAUAGAUUCCAAGCUUUGAAACUGGGAAGAUGAGGAGCAAUAUGGAAGAAACUGAGGUGAUGAACAUUGAAUUUUACCUGGUUGUUGCGGUUUGAAGCAUCAGUCUCCAAAAAUGUUACUUUCAAAUGAACAUUAUUAAGAUCCUGAAAUAUCAUCUUCAAAACAGGAAAAUCAGGAGCUGUAUGACAGAAACUGUGAAUUAUUCCUUGCAGCUUGAAGGUGCUGUCUUUAAAAAGAGAAGGCUAAAACGAAGAAAUAAAAGCCGCGAGCGAAGGAGAAAGAGGACAGAGAGAAACGUCGGAUAUAUUUCUUCGCCAUCGUCUUCCUCUAUGCUGGACCUGUUCUUCGCGGCGGCGCUUUCCGC